GUGACUUUUGAUGAUGUGCAUGUGAACUUCACUGAGGAAGAAUGGAAUUUGCUGGAUCCUUCCCAGAAGAAUCUCUACAAAGAUGUGAUGUUAGAAACCUACCUGAACCUCAAAGCUAUAGGGUAUAAUUGGGAAGACAAUCAUCUUGAAGAACAUUUUCCAAGUAGUAGAAGUCCAGAAAGGCCUGUAAGAAGUCAGAGUGGAGAGAAACCCUAUGAGUAUAAUCAAUGUGGUAAAGCCUUUGCAAGACCCAGUAAACUCCAAUAUCCUAAAAGGAUACAUACUGGAGAGAAACCUUACGAAUGUAAUCAAUGUGGUAAAGCCUUUUUAGCACCCAGUCAUCUCCAAUAUCAUAAAAGAACACAUACUGGAGUGAAACCAUAUGAAUGUACUCAAUGCGGAAAAGCCUUUGCAGGUCACAGUGUUCUCAAAAGACAUAAAGAAACACACACUGGAGAGAAACCUUAUGAAUGUAAUCAAUGCGGUAAAGCCUUUGCAAGACCCAGUCAUCUCCAGUAUCAUAAAAGAACACAUACUGGAGAGAAACCUUAUGAAUGUAAUCAAUGCUCUAAAGCCUUUUCACGUAACAGUAAUCUUCAAAGACAUAAACUGACACAUAAUGGAGAGAAACGUUAUGAAUGUAAUCAAUGUGGUAAAGCCUUUGCACGGUGCAGUACUUUCCAAUAUCAUAAAAGAACACAUACUGGAGAGAAACCCUAUGAGUGUAAUCAAUGUGGUAAAGCCUUUGCACAGCACAGUACUUUCCAGUAUCAUAAAAGAACACAUACUGGAGAGAAACCCUAUGAGUGUAAUCAAUGUGGUAAAGCCUUUGCACAGCACAGUACUUUCCAGUAUCAUAAAAGAACACAUACUGGAGAGAAACCAUAUGCAUGUAAUCAAUGUGGAAAGGCUUUUUCAGGUAACAGUGAUCUCAAAAGACAUAAACUGACACAUACUGGAGAGAAACCUUAUGAGUGUAAUCAAUGUGGAAAAGGCUUUGCACUGUGCAGUACUCUCCAAAGACAUAAACUGACACAUACUGGAGAGAAACCUUAUGAGUGUAAUCAAUGUGGAAAAGCUUUUUCAGGUAACAGUGAUCUCAAAAGACAUAAACUGACACAUACUGGAGAGAAACCUUAUGAAUGUAACCAAUGUGGUAAAGGCUUUGCAAGACCCAGUAGUCUCCAAAUUCAUAAAAGAGCACAUACUGGAGAGAAACCUUACGAAUGUAAUCAAUGUGGUAAAGCCUUUGCACAGCUUCGUACUUUGCAAUACCAUAAAAGAACACAUACUGGAGAGAAAACUUAUGAAUGUAAUCAAUGUGGUAAAGCCUUUGCAAGGCUCAAUCAUCUACAAUAUCAUAAAAUAACACAUAGUUCAGAGAAAGAUUAUGAAUGUAAUCAAUGUGGUAAAGGCUAUGCAAGAGCCAGUCAUCUCCAAAUUCAUAAAAGAGCACAUUCUAGAGAGAAACCUUAUGAAUGUAACCAAUGUGGUAAAGCCUUUUCACAGUGGUCUCAUCUCCAGUAUCAUAAAAGAACACAUACUGGAGAGAAACCUCAUGAAUGUAAUCAAUGUGGUAAAGCCUUUGCAAGACCCAUUUAUCUCCAAAAUCAUAAAAUGACACAUACUAGAGAGAAACCUUAUGAAUGCGAUCAAUGUGGUAAAGCCUUUGCACAGUGCAGUAAUCUCCAAUAUCAUAAAAGAACGCAUACUGGAGAGAAACCUUAUGAAUGCGAUCAAUGUGGUAAAGCCUUUACACAGCGCAGUCAUCUCCAAAAUCAUAAAAGAACACAUACAGGAGAGAAACCUUAUGAAUGCAAUCAAUGUGGUAAAGCCUUUACAAGACCCAAUAAUCUCCAAAUACAUAAAAGAACACAUACUGGAGAGAAACCUUAUGAAUGUAUUCAAUGUGAUAAAGCCUUUGCAAGACCCAGUGAUCUCCAAAUACAUAAAAGAACACAUACUGGAGAGAAACCUUAUGAGUGCAAUCAAUGUGGUAAAGCCUUUGCACAGCUCAUUCAUCUCCAAAUUCAUAAAAGAACACAUACCGGAGAGAAACCAUAUGAAUGUAAUCAAUGUGGUAAAGCCUUUGCACAGUGCAGUUCUCUCCAAUAUCAUAAAAGAACACAUACCGGAGAGAAACCUUAUGAAUGUAAACAAUGUGGUAAAGCCUUUGCAAGACCCAGUCAUCUCCAGUAUCAUAAAAGAACACACACUGGACAGAAAACUUAUUAAUGUAAUCAAUGUGACAAAUCCUUUACAAGAUCCAGUCAUCUCAAAUAUCAUAAAACAAAACAUACUGGAGAGAAACCUUAUGAAUGUAAUCAAUGUGGUAAAGCUUUUACAAGAUGCAGUAAUCUCCAAAUUCAUAAAAGAACACAUACUGGAGAGAAACCUUAUGAAUGUAAUCAAUGUGAUAAAGUCUUUGCAGCUCACAGUUAUCUACAAAAACAUAAAAGAUCACAUACAGGAGAGAAACCUUAUAAAUGUAAUCAAUGUGGUAAAGCCUUUGCAUGUCACAGUGAUCUCCAAAUUCAUAAAAGAACACAUACUGGAGAGAAACCUUAUGAAUGUAAUCAGUGUGGUAAAGCCUUUGCACAGUGCAGUCAUCUCCAAAGACAUAAAAGAACACAUACUGGAGAAAAACCUUAUGAAUGUAAUCAAUGUGGUAAAGCCUUUGCAGCUCACAGUUAUCUACAAAUUCAUAAAAGAACACAUACUGGAGAGAAACCUUAUGAAUGUAAUCAAUGUGGUAAAGCAUUUGCACAGCGUAGUCAUCUCCAAUAUCAUAAAAGAACACAUACUGGAGAGAAACCUUAUGAGUGCAAUCAAUGUGGUAAAGCUUUUGCCUAUCACAGUGUGGUUGACAAGAAUCUCUUGUCUCACGUGCGGGUCAUGGUUUUCCGGGUCACCUGGAAGGGAAGCCGAGGCUGGGGACAGGGCAACGGGAGAAACAUGGAGGCAAGACGAGAUUUCCUGCUGCAGACACAAAGUUUCAUGGACUCCUGGUCCCUGCAGCUGGACCCCUUCCUCCGUCUCCAGGGACUGGAGCUAGAAGGGGGGGCAGUGGAGCUGAGGUUUGGGGUUCUGGUAGUGGGGCUGCAAGGCUUCAGUUUCAUUUUCUUAUCUGCAACAUCUCCUCUGGCAGCCAGGAUCCUGGAGCCGGAACAACGGGGUGGGAGGAAUGGUUGGGCCCACUGCGGUGGGGAUCGCGCUAAGUCCUCCUAUACCGUGAUGCAGGCUCAGUGGCCUCCUAGCAAGACCCUCCUGUGGGAACAGAAGCCGAUCCUGGCCGCCAUGGAUCGCUGGGCUAUGCACCCGGCCCUGGCUUCUGUCUGUGAGCUGGUGAAACAGGCUAUAAUUGGGAAGACCAUCAUCUUGAAGAAAAUUGGCAAAUUAGUAGAAGACACGAAAGCUGGUGCCGAAACCCGGGACUUCUUGCGCCCAGUGGACACAAGUGAGGGGCCGAAGAAGGAUUCAGAACUCUACACACGGAGCGGCGACGUCGGUAGGUCUCCCCAGGGUCUGCUAAAACAGCGAGGACUGAAGGUAUCACCGCGCACAGUAGAAACCAUAGUGAAGGAUAUUGAUAAGGCAGCGCCUUGGUUUGCCGUUUCGGGCGAUCUUAGCCUCGGCUGCUGGGAAAAACUAGGAAAAGAUCUUGAGAGGGUAAAGCAGGAGGAUAGGAUCGGCCGAGGAUCGAUUCCCUUAUGGAAACUGGUCCAUUCGUGCCUUAAGGACAAAAUAUUAGAGGAAUCAGAAGAGGAGAAAUUGUCAGAGGAGGAAGAAGAGGAGCUUGAGGAAGCUGCCGCAGAAUAUGAGAGAGACCGUUAUGGGCGGCAACCAAAUUUGAAUAAAGCCAGAACAGGCGCGGGACCAGUGGCGCCCUCGGCCCCGUGCGCACCCUUGGCUCCACCCCCGUAUCACCCUUCUGGUGGGGGGUGGCACUUUAUAGGAAAAAGAACGUGGGAAUGCCUCGCGUCUGCUUUUCCUGUUUUUCAAAAUCCACAAACUAAUGAUAGAUACUAUGAGCCUAUACCUUAUAAACAAUUGAAAGAUCUUGUUGACGCGGCAAAGACUUAUGGAGCAAAUGCCAGUUAUACUCAUACAUUGUUGAGCAGAUUGGCAGGUCAGCCUCUCACUCCAUCAGAUUGGUCCGAGGUCACCAGAGCAAGUCUGUCCACCGGACAAUACCUGGACUAUAAGUCCCUAGUUGCAGAUGCAGCCCAAGCCCAGGCCCGAAUAAACGCACAGAAUCAGCACCCCCAAUGGGAUGCUGACAUGCUUUUGGGAAUAGGCCGAUGGGCAGCAAAUCAAACACAAUUCCCAAUAGAGGUCUAUGCUCAAAUUAAUGAUAUCUAUCAGAGAGCAUGGAAAGCCUUGCCAAAAAAGGGUGAGGUGGCUGGAAACCUAACAAAGAUAUUGCAAGGACCUAAUGAGCCAUUCUCGGAGUUCGUGGCCAGGAUGAUGGAAGCCGCGGAGAAGGUUUUUGGAGAUUCUGAAACAGCUGCACCCUUGGUUAAACAGCUUGUGUAUGAACAAUGCACUAAAGAGUGUAGACGGGCGAUCACGCCCUGGAAAGGAAGGGGGAUUGACACCUGGCUGAAAGCAUGUAGGGAGAUCAGUGGACCCUUGACUAAUGCGGGAUUGGCUGCUGCGGUCGUAGCGGCAACUCAUAGGACUCAAGGAAAAGGGACAGGUGCUUGUUUUGGUUGCGGUCGGACUGGUCAUUUUAAGAAACAAUGCCAACAAGUUAGUCACAGCACGACUCGGGCACCUGGAACCUGUCCAAAAUGCAAAAAGGGAAAACAUUGGGCUAAUGAGUGCCGAUCAGCAAAGGACAUUAAUGGGCAGCCCAUCCACCAGAACGCAUUCCAGACAAAAAACGGGAAGGGGGGGCCCCGGUCCCCAGGGCCCAAAAAUCUUUGGGGCAGUUCAGGAACCCAGUAUGAGACCUCCAUUACCCCCAGGAGAGCAACACCAGGUUCCGCAGGGUUGGACCUCCGUGCCACCGCCGGACUGGUAUUGACACAAAAGAUGGGUGUGCAAGCAGUAAGCACAGACAUGACUGGACCUCUAGAAAAAGGAACGGUCGGCAUUAUCUUGGGACGCUCGUCCUCGACUAUGAGAGGGCUUUUCGUCCUCCCAGGGGUGAUAGAUUCUGACUAUACAGGAACCAUUAAAGUAAUGUGUCAUGCUCCCUUUGGCAUCAUUUCCAUAGCCCCGGGAGAAAGGUUCGCUCAGUUGCUCGUCCUGCUAUCUUUACAUGAUAGAUUCCCUGCUAACGCACAGGAGCGCCAGGAGAAGGGUUUUGGCUCUACUGGAAUUGAUUUGGCCUGCCUCUCAGUCAAGUUAAAUGAUAGACCUAUCCUGAACUUAGAGAUCGAAGGGAAGACCUUUUCAGGCCUCUUAGAUACAGGUGCAGAUCGGAGUGUCAUGAAGCUCCGAGAUUGGCCCAAGCAUUGGCCUCUGCAGACUUCCUCUCAUACGUUGCAAGGCCUGGGGCACGUAAACUCAGUUCCAUCUCCUUGCAUGCACGUCAUGUGGAAGGAUGUGCUGGACAAUAACUGGUACGGACCGGAUCCUGUGAUUCAGAGAUCCAGGGGAGCUGUUUGUGUCUUUCCACAGGACCGAACUGACCCGAUUUGGGUUCCAGAGAGGCUGACCCGCCGAGUUGAAAGCCCAAGAGAGGAAGAUGCGAAUCUCAGCGAUGAAAAUGUGGAGAAGAAUAACGAUGCUGUGGUGGCUGACUCACCUGAUGCAUGCUAG